CCGACGGCUCAAACCACAUCAAUUAUUUAUUUCAUGAAUAUAUAGGAUAUAUCGACACCGUCAACGCAUUCCUUCGGCCUUUGUAUUUGGUCUUUUGUCUUUUUGUAUUUCAUGAAUAUGUAUGUGGCCGAUCGUGAUGUACCACACGGUUGACAUACGCACCAUCGACGUGUCACAAAAUCGAUGCUCCGAGACACGUGCUCGGUGGGCCACAAUCUUCGCAACUACGCCACCCUCGUUCCUCCGGCUUAGGUCAAUGACGCCGCCACAUCAUCGAGUUGUAAACCGAGUGGUCGCUUUGCGGUUCCACGCUACUGUCAUUCGUGUGUGCGUCAGCGCUGACAUCGCGCGCAUGUUGACGGCAGUCCUCGAAAGAGAUAAGACGGAAGAGGAGUGCGGAGAGCGCCGGCUCAUGGCGAACCUGCAGCGGCGGGUCCACGUCCUGGCUGUCCCGUUCCCGGCGUCGGGACACAUGCUGCCCCUCCUCGACCUCACCCACCUCCUUUCCGCUCGCUACGGCUUCGCCGUCACUUUCGUCGUCACCCCAAAGAACCUUCCCCACCUCUCCCCGCUCCUCGCUCGCUGCCCCGCCGUCGCCCCCCUCGUUCUCCCCUUCCCCGACAACACCAACCUUCCCCCCGGGGUGGAGAACGCUGGGCCGCUUUACGACGUCCGCCUCCUGAUGCGCGAGCUGAGCGGCCUCCACGACCCGCUCCUCCGCUGGGCCCGCUCCUGGACUGAUCCCCCCACCGCGGUCCUCUCUGACUUCUUCUGCGGCUGGACGAACGGCCUCGCGACCGAGCUGGGAAUCCCCCACCUCGUCUUCAGCCCCUCCGGCGCGCUCUGCCUCGCCCUUGUCCACUCGCUGUGGCGCCGGAUGCCAAACAUAUCGGAUCCUGACGACCCCGACGAGCUCGUCCCCUUCCCCUCCCUCCCAAGAUCCCCCCUUUACCCCUGGCACCACCUCUCGGGCAUCUACCGGAGGUACGAGGAGGGCGACCCCUUGUCGGAGUUCAUAAAGGCGUCAUUUCUGGCCAACAUCGGCAGCUGGGGUUUCGUAUUCAACACCUUCGCCGAGAUCGAGAAGCCAUAUCUGGAACACCUGCGGGACGACCUCGGCCACGCGCGCGUCUGGGGCGUGGGGCCCCUGGCGCCUCCCGGAGGCGGCGGUGAGCGUGGCGGGCCGAGCUUGGUCGGUGCCGAGGAGGUGGCCGCUUGGCUUGGCAACUGCGCGGAGGGCUCGGUGGUGUACGUGGCCUUCGGAAGCCUCGCAGAGCUGUCGCCCGCGCAGGCGGCGGCGCUCGCGGCGGGGCUGGAGCAAAGCGGCGCGCGGUUCGUGUGGGCGACCAGGGGCGUGGUGCUGCUGCCGGAGGGGUUCGAGGAGCGGGUGGCGGGGCGAGGGCUAGUGAUCCAGGGGUGGGCGCCGCAGGUGGCGAUACUGAACCACCCGGCGGUGGGAUCAUUCGUGACCCACUGCGGGUGGAACUCGGUGCUGGAGGCGGUGACUGCGGGGGUGGCGUUGCUGACGUGGCCGAUGGGGGCGGACCAGUUCUCGAACGCCAGGCUGCUGGAGGAGGAGGUCGGGACGGGGGUGAAAGCAUGCAAGGGCGGCGACUCGGUGCCGGACCCAGACGAGCUGGCGCGCGUCGUGGCCGAGUCGGUAGGCGAGGAGGGGAGGGCGCGGAGGGAGAAGGCGCGGGAGCUGGCGAGGAGGGCUGCGGCGGCGGUGGAGGUGGGCGGGAGCUCUUACAUGGACUUGUCGGAGGUGGCGGCGGAGUUGUCGGAGGUGGCUGCCGCCAAGCAAAUAAAACAUAGCCGAUGAGCUUAUUGUCAAAUUUUCCCUUAAAAACAGCAUAUUUGCCAUUCUAAAUUGAAAUAGUUAUUUCUGCCGAUUCUGUUGA